AUGCCAGCUACGUCUUUGUACUUUACACUUUCUCUCUACUUCCUGUCUAAAUUAGUGUCAGUUUUCCCCUACUCUUACCAGACCAAACCUCUCUUUCUGUCCUUCUCUGACUUGGCCGCCCUCGAAGCAAACUCCCUGCAUCAGCCCAACAAACCUCACUUUGUCGCAGAUCACAGGCUCAAGACCUUUGCGGUGAAAUGUCACGAGGACAGCAUGGAGGUUGUGAUGAAAGCUUAUCUGUUUGACCCCGGCUGGCCUGUGGAGCCCACGCACUUGAGGCUUGGACCCGUCAGAGCUGCGGGAGAUCACUGCAUGGCCAAAGAGUCUGGAAACGGGGAGUUCAUCAUCAGAGCAGCUCUGACCGAGUGUGGGAGCAGAGUGAUGUUCACCAGGAGCGCUGUGCUGUACGACAACUUCCUGCUGUACUCUCCUCCUCCUCCAUCACCUGGAGACGUGAUGCAAGCAGUGGCAGCCGCUGUUCCAGUCCAGUGUGAAUAUGACAGGAGGUACACAGUGAGCAGCAAGGCCCUGAAACCAACCUGGAGUCCCCCGAUCUCCGUCCAGUCAGCACAUCUGGACCUGGACUUCCACCUCAGACUCAUGACAAAUGACUGGAGCAGCAAGAGAAGGUCAUCUGUUUACUUCCUGGGUGACGUGAUGAACAUCGAGGCCUCUUUAGAUCAUCCUCACCGUCCUCUUCGUCUGUAUGCAGACAGCUGUGUGGCCACUCUGACUUCUGAUGUGACUUCUUACCCCAGAUACGCCUUCAUAGACCACCAGGGAUGUUUCACAGACUCACAGCUGGACGGCUCCAGCUCCCGUUUCCUGCCCAGAGUCCACGACCAACUCCUCCACAUUCAGCUCCAACCUUUCCUCUUCCACCAGGACCACAGACACACCAUGUAUAUAACAUGUUACCUGGAAGCAGAGCCUGUCUCAAACAAGGAGCCUGUGAGAAGGGCCUGUUCUUUCAUUGGUGGGAGGUGGAGGUCAGUGGAUGGUGAUGACCGUGUCUGUGAGAGCUGCAGCAGUGGCGCCAAAUCCAACCACAGGAGGGCGAUACGGAGCAAAACAAAGCCCAGACACACUGAGCUGCAUGGAGAAACCACCGUGGGUCCAGUGAUAUUUCUCCCUUUACAACACACAUAUCUGUAUGAAAGUGACUGACUUUAAUAAAGGUGUUUAAGCACUGUGACAUUGUCUUUAUGUGCAGACUA